AAAUUUUUAAAACCAGGUAAAAUGUUCAACAUUGUAAAACCAGGUGCGAACAUUUUGCCGGAAAAGCAGAAGAAGAAAACAAGUCAAUUUGACAACUCAAAUUUGUACAUAUCUAUUUGAUCCUCCAUGGCGAGAUUGUAUUGGGCAGUUCAUCUAAACUAAAACAGAGAAACCAAAUUCCCCAACCGACAGGUAAUUAACGACGAAAUGAAACAAAAGGAAAAUCAAAGUUUUGCCUUUUACUUUGAUUUCCCCUCAAGUUUAUUGUUCAAUCUCCUUGAUUUCUUUCAACAAAAGGGUUGGUUUAUCCUCAAAAUAUAAUAAAAAAAAAACAAUAAUUGCUUGGUGAUUUAAAAGAGAAAGAAGCAGAAGAAGAAAACAAACAAAAAAGAAAAAGAAAGGUAGGAAAUGGCAAUGCCAUGGGGCAUGACUCUAUGGAUGGCAAAGAUGGUGUGGAUAGCUCUAAGUGGAUGGGUUUCUUCUUGCUUGACAAUUGCUGAUGAAGUUGCCGCCUCUCUCAGGAGCGGUGAUAUUGGUCCCUUCAAUGUUGGCUAACCUCAACUUUUAUUUUUCUUUUCUCAAUCAAACCCACUUCUCUGGCACCCAGAUGCAGAAAAAGUUUCUUAGCGUGGAUUCCUUUACAAGUAAGGCAAUGAGAAUCUUCUGCUUUCCUGGUUUUGAUUCUUACACCUCACCUCUUGUGACAGCUUUGGUUAAGAACUUCGACAAAUGUGGUCUAUUAAAUAUACUCUGCUUGACCAAGUGGAUGAGGAACCAUUGGAAUUAGAGUUGAGAUGCUUGAACGAAGUUUUUUGGUGCAAUUAAAUGUUUUGUUUUUAUUCAAGACAUCAAGUUAACUAUAGUCUAUAGACUGAAAGUUGUUAUGUGAAUUUGGAUCUCUUAAAGUCUAAGUUGAUGAAUUUGACUAAAGUUUUCUGGGAAGAGAUCGAUGUGCUUAAGCUUGGUUCUAACAAGUGUUUAGAGUUUUAUAUAGAUGACUCUGUUCACUGUUCCCUAUGUUACCAUCUAAUGGCAUGUGAAAUUGAUUACAUACAUACUUUUUGCGCUAAGACUCGAUACACAUGCAUACACAUGCUUAGAUAUUUAAUUUACAAGCAUGGAGAAGCCUUUCUGCUUAUCAUAAUAGCUAUCAUUGAACUUUGUUUAACCAUGCUGAACUUUAGCUUAGGAGUGUUCCUCUAAAAGGCUUGUAAUGAGCUUUAUGGCAUAGGCAUAGGCAGGAGUGUAAAUGAUACACCAAUGCUCGCAAGUUACUUAGGCUUGACUCGAAUAAAACUCGAAUUCGGCUUGAUCAUUGUUGAGUCAAGCUCGAGCUCGAGCAACUUGACUUAUUGGGCAAGCUAAGUUCGAGCAUCCUAAUGCCUGGCUCAAAUAGCUUGUGAGUUUGAUGGAACUUUUAAAUUUUAAUAUAUUUUUAUUUUUUAAUUAAAAAAUUACUAUUUUAUCCUUAUAUAUUAAUUCGAGCUUGAGCUCGAGUUUAAACACGUAAUCAAGCGUGAAAUCAAGUAUAAAAAUCGAAUGAGUUUGAGGAACUCGAUUUUUAUUUAGAGUUGAGUUUGAACUUGAAAGUUAAAACUCGAUUGAACUGGAGUCGAGUUUUGAGCAAUGAGUUUUGAUUCAAGUUCGAGCUUGAAUUUUUCAUUGUAUCAAUUCAGCUCAAUUCGAUUACACCCCUAAGUAAAGGCGUGGGGUUUAUUGGUUUUUUGUUUUACUUACAAUUUUCUGCUUUAUUACCACUGUUGUUUCUUUUGGGCUAAUUGUUGUUUCAGAACAAAGCUGUUAAUUAAUUGCUAGGAAUCAAUACCAGAUAAGCCAUUAUGCUUUGAGCUAUAUUCAAUUUCGUUGCUCUACUUUCAUUUGUUCAAUACACUCACAUAACUUUUAUUUUGGUUCAGAUUUGUGUCAUGAAUUAAUGGAGAAGGACUAUUUCAUGGAAUAUUCCUUUUGAACUAUAAAAACUAAUAAAUAUUCUGAUUUGGAAAAUAAAAAAGAAAAAAGAAAAAUGUUGAGGUGGAAAAU